AUGCACGCUUUAAUUUUUCCCGGGAAAAAUUGUAGUAAAAAGGUAUAUCAACACGAAGACACACAGACACGGAUUCAGGGGCAGAACGGCAAAAUGGAGCAAAAUGGCACCUCAACGAUCUGUGUAACUCCAACGAAGAAAACAAGUAAAUGUGCUGUAAAUGGAGAUGCAAAGUGUAACAACAAAAAAAGAGACGAGUGUUUAGGAUGGGAUGAUUACUUCAUGGCCAUAGCGUUCCUGUCAGCAGAACGCAGCAAGGAUCCAAGCUCACAGGUUGGUGCUUGCAUCGUAAAUGAAGAAAAGAAAAUUGUAGGCAUUGGAUAUAAUGGAAUGCCUAAUAAAUGCGACGAUGAUAAACUGCCAUGGGGCAAGGAUGGUGAUUGGCUGGACCAAAAGUACGCUUUCGUGUGUCAUGCUGAAA